AGAAAGGAGCAGAAGUUUUUUUUUAAAAACAAGAGACGACCAUAUUGAGUUUGUUUGUGUUGCUUCCUGUCAGACGAAGCAACUCUCGGUACCGCAGGAACAUCGUUUGGUGUGAGGUUGACAGUCAGGAACAAUGUCUGGCAAAGCCGCGGUAGCAGUGGGACUUAAACCCGGCGGUAACGUUAACGUUAACGCUGCGGCAGCUCCACAGAAGUCCUACCCUUUUGUUUUAAAGAAGAUUAUGGACAUUCCCCCUCCUAACAUCCUGGAGGAAGGCGACGACGAAAUCGAGAAGGAGAAGCUGUGCUCAUCUGAGGAUGUGGAGGGAGGCGGGGCCGGGGCAGCCAGUGCCGUUGGAGGUUCCAGAGUAGUUGGCGGCAGCGGCGGUGGAGUAUCAGCCUCCCUGACCCCAGCUAUUUGGGAGAAGACCAUUCCAUACGAUGGGGAGACCUUCCACCUGGAGUACAUGGACCUGGAUGAGUUCCUCCUGGAGAACGGGAUCCCUGUGAGCCUGGAGGAGGAGGAGCUGCAGAAGACUCUGACCUCAGUGGGAUUCAAAGGCAAAUGCAUCCCCAAGGUUAUUGCUACAACCACUAUUACUCCUUCUGCUGCAGCCUCUGUCUCUGCCCCGGCAUCUCCCCACUCGGCUUCCGCCACCUCGACGGUCACCUCGGAUGCAGAGGAGCCGGUGACAGUCACUACGCUGCAACCAGCUAAAUUAGAGGAGGAAGAAGAGGAAGAACAAGAGGAAGAAGAGGAAGAGGAAGAAGAGGAGGAGUCUUUGCCCGAGGAGGCAGCACCAGUUGAAACAGUGGAAGUAAAGGAGAAGAAAACAAAUCGUAAUGCUGGCGAGCGUAGGUCACCCUCCCCUGCCGACCCAGAUGCCAUCGAAGUGGACAUUAAUUUCCAACCGGAUCCCACAGACCUGGUCCUGUCCAGCGUGCCGGGGGGAGAGCUGUUCAACCCACGUAAACACAAGUUCUCUGACGAGGAGCUCAAACCGCAGCCUAUGAUCAAGAAGGCCAAGAAGGUGUUUGUUCCUGAGGAGCAGAAGGAUGACAGAUACUGGUGCAGGAGAAAGAAGAAUAAUGUGGCAGCCAAGCGUUCUCGCGAUGCGAGGCGGCUGAAGGAGAACCAGAUCACGGUGCGUGCCUCCUUCCUGGAGCGGGAGAACGCUGCGCUGAGGCAGCAAGUGUCUGAGCUGCGGAAAGACUGUGGUCGCUGCAAGAACAUUCUGACCCGAUACGAGGCUAAGUACGGCCCGCUGUAAAGAACUUAGAAUAAAAUCCAAGAAGUGUCAAUGAGACAAAAGCAAAACUUCCUUCCCCGCAGAAUUCAACACAGAUACAAACACCAAGGGAAUCAAAAUUUGCACUGUUGUCUUUGCUGACCUCCAGUCACUGUAUCAUGCUCCAGCUCCACCUGACGCUGGAGUCUUGGAUACAAACUGGCAGGCAGCGAGGCAGUCUGGGAGUGGUGGUCACAGGAAGGCCUGUGGAGAGCGCCUGGCUCCUACACUCUGAAAGGAAGGGGACGAUACUCCCAUGGUCAAACACACAUGGAAAACAUGGUCUGUUUAAAGAUGAUUUUUGAGAAAAUCAGGAAAUAUGAAAAGAGCAGGUUGGUACAAAAGAAUCACAGGUUUUUUAAAUACUACACAAUUCAGUUUUUAUCACUGCACAGCACUUCUUCUUAGUGGACCAAAGCAUGAGUAACGUCAGUCGUGUAUUUAGAACGGUGCACACUUCCCGUCCCUAACUUUUCCUUGUGUUGCACUUAUGUUUGUGUCUGUACGUCUUUUUAAAAUACUCCGGCUGAGGCUCAGAAGAAGGAUGAUGAUUCAUUCAUCAUGUGAUAGGAGAGCAACAGAUGAAUACAGGAGCAGGAGGGAGAUUGACAGUUGUACUUCAGCCUGAAGAGAGGGGAAGUAAUGACCUUAGGUCAGCAGAGGAGAAAGGGAGGAGAGUCUGUCAGUGACGUGAUUCAGUCACAGUUCUUCCUUCAUGCACGCCUCCGUGCACACAAAAAACAAUUUGUGUGUAUAGCCAUCUCCCUGCACCACAUAAAUGUGCGUAACUCAGUGUGUAAUCCAUUUUUGCACUUUUUCUUUAAUAAACAAAAAAAAAAAGAAUAUAGCAGUGGCAGGUGUCUACCUUAACCACAACCAAUGUGGGAGACACAGUAGCUUAUUAAGAAAAAAAAACAUGCAUGAUCCACAGUUUAAAGCUACUGUGCUUCAGUUUCCUUUUCUACUAACCUCAGAUCAGCUUAAAGAGCCCCACAACAAGAUUUUAUUAAAGAAGACAAAGUUGGGGUUUUCUGUAAAAGAUGAUGUUUUUGUUUUUUUUAGCGUUGAUGAAUGAGCAGUAGAGUUUUGUCCUGCAGGUCACUGUCAAAGGCUUAGGUUUGAUGAUAUCCAGGGCCCUCACAGGUGGAGGGGUAUGUUUAUAUGUAGGGAUGUUUAUUUUACUGCACACUGCAAGUAGAGGGCGCUAGAGCCACUGCGUGCCGAGUCAUGGUGUAGUGAUGGCUGGAUUGUGUGUGUGUGUGUGUGUUUUGUUUGGGGUUUUUUUCUCAAAGAUUUAGCCAGGCCCAAAGUUGACUGCUUCUAAAUCUUGUAAAUAAAUGAUUGUCUCACAGUCGUUAUUUCCUAAAACAGGGAUUCAGACUGUGCGUUUUAUUAUUAACCCAAUGCUAUUCCUUAUAUUUGCCAAAUAGUCAAUGAGUGCUGUAUUUAUUCUGAUGGUAAUAAUGCAUCUGUUGAUUGUGAUGUACAACAAUAUGUCAGAUUAUUCUAUUUCCUUUUGAGGAACAAUACUUCAAAUGAAACCAAUGACUAAGCAGGGACUUUAAUGGGUAAACUGUGCUUUUGGAUGUUUGUUUUAAAAACAGAUUUAUAUGGUUAUAUGGGAUUCAUUUUCUCUCUAUAUAUAUAUAUAUAUAUAUAUAUAUAUACACAGUAUAUACAUGUGUCUAAACAUUCAGAGAAUAGGGCACACUCUUAUUUACCUCAUCCAACACUUCCUAUUUUGAAAGGUUAAGAGUUCAGCAGGGCUACACAGUGGUGUUGGUUGAAGCAGACAGCACAUACAAAAACGCAGCUUGGUUCCAUUUGGCAAAACCUCGAAUCAGAGUUGAUGAAUUGAGUUCUUUUUUUGCCAAAGCAGCUGAGUCUGUGUCUAAAUUAGUAAAUACGUUACAGACUGUUAUAGGACUCUAUAUCUCAAGUGUCUUUGGCUGAUGCAGAUUUUGUGAUCGGUCAGCUUGUGCUCAUAAUCGCUGUAAUCUUGGAAAGAGAAUAUAUAUGUGGCAAUAAUACUCUGUUAUGUAAUGCUUGUUUUAUUUCAGUGAUGAUGUUGUAUGUAAAAUUGCAAUGGCGUACUAAAUAGAAAAAAAUGCCCAUUUGUGCUUCCAGUUUAGAUCCUAUGUAGUCUAGGAUCCUAAUGCAUGAAACCCAGUAAAAUCUGUCUUGUUUUUUUAAUGUGUUUUUUUUUCUUGAAUAUUUUACACCAAGUGUACUUAUGUCUGUAAACCAUCACUGAAAACUAGACAUGUUUUUGGAUGGGUAGAUUCAUGGUCUGUUGUACAGCUUUGUCUCAAGAUAAAGCAGAACGUCUUGGCCUCAAUGACUUGUAUAAUAGCACCCCUUCUCUUUGUGCAGUCAGUGCUUGAUCUUGGGGUGACCAUCAGCUGAAAACGGCAUCUUUUGAUCACUGUGUGGAUUAUUUUCUACCUACUAAAGAUUGAUCUAUAUCUAGAUACACUGGACCAGUUGGUGCUUUUGUGUUUUCUCGAUAGAUUCUGUGUUUGUUUCAGUUUUCCUGAUGGUGUAAUAUACUGUAACAGACAUUUCUUAGCAAUGCGUUUCAUUUUGCAUCGACAUUCAGACUUGACAUACACUGCAUUAUGCUGUCUAUACAUCAGUGUAGUGGAUGAAUGCAAACUUGUAGUUCUUUUUUUAACAGAAUUAAAAUAGUUCUGGGCUGACUAAAAGCUGAUUAAAGGUACUGGUUGAGA